AUGAAAGGAGACAAGCUGAUGGUGCGAUGGGUGGGACCUUUUCGCAUUGUACAAGAACUCCUUACCAGUUUCCUGAUUGAACACUUGCUGACGAAGGAAACGUUUGACGUUCACGCGAUCCGACUAAAAAAUUACGCGGAUGACAUGCUCAGUGUGACAGAGGAGCUAAAGCAUCACGUGUCACUUCAAGGGAUCAGCUUGGGAAGUUUCAUGGGAAUCCAUGGGCGGUAUCGUGAAGGCAGUUCGAGAGAUUGUGAAAGCAUUCGUGGAGACGUGUGA